CUGUUCAAUGCCCCCCUAAAUUCCCUUGUCACUAUUUCCUGUUGACUCAUGUUUUCUAUCACAGGCUUAACUAACUAGGUCAAAUCACCGCAUAAAUUUCAGUCACCUUGAACUACAUGAAACGUGCAGCUAUUUGCGUGUAGUGAUGGAAAGUACCAAACGUAUAGGAGCAGUUCUGGUGUUAUUGCUGCUGCCAAGCCAAGGUUCAUCAAAUUGUGAACCAGAGGCCGUACAACGUGGAUAUGAAACCAAUGUAUGUCACUACAAAACAGAACAAUCAAUAUUAAAAUGUUCUCGGGAUGAAGCAAUGUUAGUUUUGAAACUUUUACAAAGAACUGAAACUGACUGUAGUCCAAAUGGCGAUGGAUGUUGUAAAUACAAGAGAGAUGACAAACUGUACGAUAUCGGAGGGUGUUUGUUGAACCAGAGUGAUACUGGUCACAAGACAGUGUAUCAGUCAGCGCUGCGCGAGGUUCUGGAGGAGUGCAGUCAGAGGAGGUACUGCCUGUUGGAGAGUCGGGGCACCCACCUCCACAGCCUCCAGAACACCACCCUGGGGGGACUGCGUCCGUCAGCCGUGCUGGUCAACCACGAAUGUGUGAAAGAGGAGGAAUCAGUGAAAUUGUGCCGGAACAAGGUAAGAACUGGACCACAUAUCUAUAUCGGUCUGGAUCAGACGAUGACGUCACCAAGAGAGACAUGCUCGUGUACAGUAAAGGGAGGUAGCCGCGUCCAGCUGCUCGAUGUCCGGCUAGGAGAAGGCCACAGCAGACUGACCCUCAGAGAAGACGACGACACAUUUCUCACUGUCAGUGGCGAUGACGUCCAGUUCAUGCAGAUGAGGGAGUUCUUCAUAUCAGAAUGGAGUUUACACCUGGAUGUGGACAGGGAGAGGCGUCCACACAGUGUCUGGGUCAAAGUAGAAGGAUCCGGGAAUUCUACAGUUCAAGUCACAUGCAGUGAGACGCACGCAGCCACCUCCUCGUCCUCAUCAGAAGCACCAACGACUACACCUCCAACACCAGCACUUCCUGUACAGCCGAGCCCGUCCGCAAAUUGUCUGGACCACUAUCUACCGUACGUGUUUCUGGUUCUUGGGCUGACAUGUGGUUUCCUAACAGGAGUUGUCCUCGCUGUGUACAGUAAGAGAUUUCUGAAUCGAUCGCGGUUCAAGAAGAAGCCUCCGUCCGCCCCUUGUGUUGCCCCGGUGAGGAGCCCCGAGGAGCCUGUGUACUCGCUGCCCUACAACCACCAGGGGAAACUAAUUGUAGUCAGGUCCAUGAGGAAACAACGCGGUUUCCAUGGUAACACCCAGUCAAACCACAGUUAUUCAUCUAAUCCAACCAUUGACAAGGAAUUUGUGUACACAAAGGGUGAAGCUCCCGCUUCAAGUGUGUAGAAUCGAGAUCCUCCAUGCAAACAGUUAAUUUCUACCGGGUACCCACUUACUGCUAUCAAAGCCGAUCGACGAACACCUGUUUUCAGUGAUGUAACAAAAUUCGGACGCUACACCAGCGAGCACAGAACCUUAGAAUCUCACAGACCUACACACAUGAAAGGCCUGAUGGCUCACUCCUUCCAUUGCUCAACAUUCUGGUGGCGUACUGGGACCUGCAGAACACAGGGAAACACAGUUGACAGUUGUAUACGAGUGUUAUCUACACGGCUGUUAUUAAUGUCCGUUGUCUCGUGCUUAAUUUUACACUGCCAGUGAUAUGAAUCUAUAUGAACGCGAGUCCUUUUCAUUGUUUUAGCGAAGGCAGUUCGUUGAACAGGAUUAAUGCCUUUACUAUGCAUCGUAUUUUUACUGUUUUGUCGCAUGUAGGAGUGGAAUAAUUAGAAGUCAUUUUACCCAUUGUUAACCUGUACCGGCAAACCCCAUUGUUAGGCUGGUUUCUUGAAAGGGACUCCACAUAUUUACAAAGGGAGACUACUCCAUACCCACUGUACAGGAACUAUCCUCAAACUUCGACUAUGGGCAAGGGUUGUGUUGGCAUCUAAGGUAGAAUGGCAACACAUCCAGCCAGCUUCAUGAGGGCAAUGUCAAACGCUGCAUUUAAAAUAGCAUUCAACAUUUUAGUCUCAGAAAGUUUGAGAGGUAACGCUGAUGCAUGUAUUAGUUGCUUCUCGACGCUGGACAUUUCAUUGUUAUCUGUGUGUUUACACGUGAGCCUGUUUUUAUUAUCUAUGUUGUAAAUAUUUAAUCCAAUUGCUAUAUACUGCCAGUAUCACCGUCCAUUAUUAAUAAACCAAUACAUUCUCAGAUUUUGCUGAAUAGUACGACAUCGAAAUAUAUACGUAUUUCAUGUCAGAGCAUGAUGGGCAUUUUAUGGGCGCUUUAUUACGGUAGCGCCAUGCAUUUGGCAUUGAAAACCCGUUUAUUUUAAUUCUCCACUUCCACGGGAUGCCCUUAUGUGGGUUAUACUCUUAUAGAUCUAUCUGUUUCCUACACUCGGCAACAUGAAUUUUACAAGUUAUGAGUCUAUACAAGUUUUGAGGGAAUUCAUUCGAUACCAAGAACUUUCGACAGGUCAAAGAAUCAAGGUGGACCAGUUUUGGUCCUGGGCCAGUGAACUACAUGACCUUGGAACAAGUUCCUAUUGUCCAGGGUACCCGACCAGGGCCCCAUUCCUCAGAGCUAUCAUAGAGCUACGACAGUCGUAAGUCUAUGUUAAAGUAUGGAAGUUACGAUCAUCAUAGCGCUACGAUCGCUUUGAGGAACAGGGCCCUGGGACAGUGGCGCUCACGGGAACAGGACAGGACACUAGAUCACGUGUCACACGCACACGCACGCACGCACACACACAUUGCUUAUACACUCAAAGAACAAAUCUAUAAAAAUAUUUUCAAGUGUAAUAUAAGGCCAUAUUGCAACACGUUGUUGUGAUGGAAAAUCAUGUUGUAUUUGUUGACCUGUUUAUAAGCAGAAUAAAUAUCUUUAUUUUUCGUUA